AUGUCUCGUCUGGCCCUCAUCUCCCUCGCCUCCCUCGCGCUUCUUGCGCCCAUACAUGCGGCUCCAACAGACUUCCAGAAGCAGAAUGCUCUUGAUGCCCAGAAGCUCAACGCGCAGUUCGCUUCCUUGGCAUCGUCAUCCUCCUGCAGUGAGGGACAGCAGGCCUGCGUCUCCUCCGCCUUCGCCCAGUGCGUCAGCGGCGCUUGGCAGACAACCGCCUGUGCAGGAAACACGACUUGCGUCGCGCUCCCGCUCGUCAACAAGGCCGGCACAAGCAUCGCAUGUGAUGUUCUUGAGGACGCACUCGAGCGCCUCGAGGCUGCUGGCGUCAGCGGCGGGCUCACUGGUGAUGGCUCGAACUCUACUUCGUCAUCCGGCUCGUCGUCGGGCAAUGCGACUGCCAGCGGCGUCGUGAGCUCCGUCCUCGGCACAGACACUGCGCUCCCGACGGCGACCUCCGUGGACAACUCGACUGCCGACCCCACCGGCAUCGCGGCGUCUCUAACCGAUUCGGUUGCGUCCCUCCCAACGGGUGUGUCCUCGGGCUCGGGCGACAACUCGACCAGCGGGGACGCGCCCUCGACCGCUGAUGGCGUGUCGGCCACCGCUACCGUCGCCCUGCCCACUGGUUCUGCAAGCGAUGUGUUCCCUUCCGCCACUGACGCUGGCUCGUCUAAUGCGAAUGCUACAGCAGUUGCCAGCGCUGCAGCAUUCGACGCCUCCAGUGCUGUGUCUGCCACCGACGCGUCUGCCGCCCUCCCCUCCGCCACCUCCGUGUCCGGCUCCUCGGAUUCCCCGAACCCUUCGAACAGCUCCGGCUCCAUGUCCUCCGGCUCCAUGUCUUCCGACCCCCUGAGCGGCGGCGCCGAUAACUCGACCUCAACCUCUACCGGCCCGUUCCUCGCUGAGCGCCACCACGGCAAGGACCACAAGGAUGGCAAUGGUAACAGCACGGACAGCGGCGCGGGCGCGCAGGCCUCCAAUUCCACCGACCUCAACUCCACCGCAGCCUCCGCGACCGCCGCUGCGUCGAGUGUAGCCUCUGGCACCGCGAACGGCACUGAUGUGUCUGGUGCUGCAUCUGGCGCUGACUGCACCGUCACUGUGACUGUAACCGUCGGUGCAGGCGGCGCGUCUUCCGCAAUCGCCACAGGCACCGCUGCGGCUGGCUCCGCCGUUGCGACCGACUCGGCUGCGGCUAGCUCCGCCCUCGCGAGCGCGACAGACGCUGCCUCGUCGGCUGCUGCUUCUGCCACCGAUGUCGCAUCCGCCGCCGCGGCCUCUGCCACCGAUAUUGCAUUGUCGGCUGACGCGUCCGCGACUGACGCAGCGUCGUCUGUUGACGCUUCCGCGGCCGCCGCUGCAGCCAGCGCGACGGACAGUGCCGCUGCCGUAGCCUCUUCUGCAGUCUCUAGCGCCGACUCUGCUAGCGCGUCCGCGUUUGCUUGA